UUCUGUAGUAUGCUAACAUUAAAUUUUAUUUGAGUGUAAGAAGAUAUUUGCGUCAGAACAAGUCUUUUAAUUCUAUGUAUAUGAAAUAUGAGAGUUCUGCUUUUUACUUCUCACAAAAUAUAAACUGUCGUAUGAACUCGUUUCCCACACCAUCCUUCGUAACCACUUGCAUUCGAAAAUUAUGCCACCUUUAUUGAAGUGGCAGAGAAACGAGUCGCGGGAUGUGUGUAUGAAUUGUGGUUUACUGUUGUGUAUUCGCGCAUUUGAGUUGCGUAUUGGAGAAUUCCGAGUCUGACGUAAGGUAUUAAUUUUCCAUACAAGCAUAUUCUAUACAUAUUUCAGUUAUAAUGGCAAGGAUUAGCUGGCCUGUCAGUACAUGUUGGAAAGACACAAAAUGCGAACGGCCUGCCGGUAUACAAUAUGAUGAAUUACAUGCUAACGUAACAACAGUACAGGACGUGGAAAAUCAGUCCGAAAAGAAUAGAAAAUAUCGAACGUCUCAUAUCUCAUCUAAUGGUUAUUACGGAUAUUUGCCAGUAAUACCGGAUAUAGAAGAUUACGCAAUGGAUACAAGUGAUGCGGGUGCAGAAAAUAGCAUGGGAAAUGGAACAGAUCCAAAGAACGGUUCUUGUACUGGUGGUACACUUACAAGUACGGAAAAUGUUAAUGUCCUGUCUAUGGGAGUAACCUUAGGUAGGCGGAAACGUAAUAGUGAAGAAGAUAAUUCCACAGAUGAGCCCAAGAGACAACGAAAAGAAGAAUUUUGUGGCCUUACCCCAUGUCAAGUAAUGGUGCUUCCGACAACUCGCAGCUUUGAUGCUCACUAUCCACGGUGCAUCAUGGGUCACUACGUGUAAAGAGCAAUAAAUAGCUAACAGGGAAUUUUAUUUAUCAAUACUAAAUUUAUUUGAUCCUUUGCAAAGUACUUAUUCUAAGAGCUUUUAUUUCUUCUCUAGAACAAGAUUCUUUGAGUGAAAAGGUCAGUGACAGCAGCCUACAGUUCAUCAUUGAAGGAUGUGAUUUGGAUUUGAUGGAGAAGUUGCUGAAAGAAACACAUGGCUGUGAUAUGUAUCACUAUGAUGCUUGUGAUAUUUAGUAUGCCAUAUGGACUAUAAUCGUUGAAUAAUAUCACCUGUCGAUGUGAAGUUGUAUUCAGUUGUUUUUUACUAACAUUUUAAAUAUUACUUUUGUACUGAAAUAAAAAAUAUAGACCUAUAUGUAACAGAAUAAUUUUGAAUGAACAUAAAAAGUUACCACAUUAAAUAAAGAGA